AUGCCAGCCCUCAAACUGAGCAUGGCCGCUGCUUCCUUCUGCGCCAAACCCUACAAAUGGCCUCGCUCCGCUUUCCCUCCUUCCCCUUCUCCCAAUUCACCCACCACCACCUCCGCCGCCGGUCUCCUCCCUCUUCCGCCCCCUUCCUCCGCCGCCGCCGUGCUCUCGCUCUGUGCGGUCCCAAUCAAUUGCGGAAGAGCGUGGCGCAGGAUACCACCCUGCGCACACCUCGCACCUUUUAAUGAUUGUUAUCGGGCUGCCGGAUUCUCCGCUGGAUCCGAUUCUUCCUCGUCGUCGCCUUCCGGGUCCGGUGGUGUGAUCGCGGAAGAUAUGGGAUCCGGUAACAAGGCGCCCGUGGACGGCGUCGAGUGGUACCCUGGUGGCGACGGCGUGAACGGAUUAGAUCGACCGUCUUCUUCGCCGUCGCCCGAUCAUCGGAAGCAGGAGGAAUGCUCGUCGAAAUUUCUCACGCUGCCUACCAUUUUAACACUCGGCCGCGUUGCUUCCGUGCCGCUUCUCAUCGGCACCUUUUACAUUGACACUUGGUUGGGAAGAACUGCUACAACUAGUAUCUUUCUUGCUGCGGCAGUAACUGAUUGGCUUGAUGGGUACCUCGCGCGGAAGAUGAGGUUAGGGUCUGCCUUCGGUGCAUUUUUGGAUCCUGUAGCUGAUAAGCUUAUGGUUGCUGCUACCUUGGUUCUCUUGUGUACUCAACCUUUGGAAGUUCCUAUGCUCGGGCCAGUGCCAUGGCUACUCACUGUGCCUGCGAUUGCUAUUAUUGGUCGGGAGAUAACAAUGUCAGCAGUCAGGGAAUGGGCUGCUUCGCAAAAUACGAAGCUUCUAGAGGCUGUUGCAGUAAAUAACUUGGGGAAAUGGAAAACUGCUACACAGAUGAUCGCGUUAACCAUACUUCUUGCGACCCGAGAUGGAGGGGUUGGAGGCCAUGGGGCAUUUGUAGCCUCUGGUGUUGGUUUGCUUUAUAUUUCAGCAGGUCUCUCGGUAUAUUCUUUAGCCGUGUACAUGAGUAAGAUUUGGAAAGUACUGCUCAAGUAG